UGCUUGUGUUGCCGUGUGUCUUGCGAACGUGGGUCUGCCUCACUACAGAAAAAAAAAACACGAUCGUGGUUUUGUUUUGAUGAAUACGUUUUUUUUUUGUGUCUUUUUUUUACAAGAUAGGCAUCAGGGAUUAGGGUGAAAUUACCACAAGACCUUUUCCCCGUCCGCUGUGCAAGAUUAUGGGAAAAGGCGUUUAAGUUUGUGGAAAGCUUGCUGCGUUUAUUUUAAUUAUUAUUAUUAUUUUUUUUUUUAAAGAUUUUUGUUUGUCGUCGUUGCUAGAUCUGCAGUUUUCAAAUUGCUAGCUUGACACUAUUUCUGUGUUUAUUUCUUUUCUUUGAGGGGGGGGGGGGGCGGCAGUGGAUGGGGCAUGACGUCAUCUCGUUGCACAAAGAAUUACGUUUGCAAUUUUGUUGCGACUCGAAACGUUUACAUUCCCGGCUUACUGAGGACGUGCACGGUCGUAAAUACUCAAACGUAAACGCAAACGCUAAAUGCAUCAAUCAUAUAGCUAAGAAAGUAAUAAUAAUAAUAAUAAUAAUACACACGAUUCCGGUUUUUGUUUGGCUGUAUAAUACUAAAGAGUGCUUUUUUUUCGUGUCUUGCAAAAGUGCAUGAGAGAAGGGUUAGUGUGUCGAAUGGACAAGAUCAAUCCACAUUUGAUGCUUCUAGUUCUGCCCCGGUCUUUCCUCGCACAGGCUCCCUCCCUUUGCAGAGAUGGGUAGGAUGAUGCUGUCCCUUGCCAGUUUGAGGGCGGCCGUUUUUUCCGGUUCUGGAAGCAGGCGGGUCACCCUGGCAACCCGGUUCCGGUCUACUUCCGUCACGGACCAUACCGAACUGGCUCGCGAGCGCUCCAAGACCGUCACGUCUUUCUACAACCAAUCGGCGAUCGACAUUGCGUCGAGCAAGCUCUCCGUGCGCCUUACUCCAAUCACAAUGCUGUACUCUGGAAAAUCUCCCGAUGGCAGCCAUAUACUGAAGAGCGCCCGCUACCUGCACAAGGAGCUGCCAGUGCGAGUCGCUCAUCGAAUCAAAAGCUUCCGCAGUCUUCCCUUCAUUAUCGGCUGCAACCCAACCAUCCUACAGGUGCAUGAGCUGUAUAUCAGAGCUUUUCAGAAGCUGAGCGAAUUUCCUUAUAUCAAGGACAGCGAGGUAGAGGAAAAGUAUUGCAAGCUUCUGAGACAGCUCCUGGACGAUCACAAGGACGUCGUGACGCAGCUGGCUGAGGGAUUUCGGGAAUGCAGGAAACACGUCCAGGAGGAGUCUGUGCUCAGUCAGUUUCUUGAUAAGACCCUGACGUCCCGGCUGGGAAUUCGAAUGCUGGCCACUCACCAUCUUGCUCUGCACGAGGACAAGCCUGAUUUUGUUGGAAUAAUCUGCACUCGUCUAUCUCCCAAGAAAAUCAUCGAGAAAUGGGUGGAUUUCGCCAGGCGUCUCUGUGAACACAAAUACGGGAACGCACCCCGAGUGCGGAUCAAUGGGCACGUCGCGGCUCGGUUCCCUUUCAUUCCCAUGCCUCUGGAUUACAUCCUGCCAGAACUACUCAAGAACGCCAUGAGAGCGACGAUGGAAAGCCACCUAGACACCCCUUACAACGUUCCUGACAUCCUGGUAACAAUCGCCAACAACGACGUCGACAUCAUCAUCAGGAUCUCCGAUCGUGGCGGUGGGGUGCCUCACAGUGUGCUGGAGAAGGUCCUGGAUUAUCACUUCACCACAGCCGAGUCCAGCACCCAGGACCCUCGCAUAAGCUCCCUGUUUGGGAACAUGGUGGACAUGGUCAACAGCGGGCAGUCUGGACCGAUGCAUGGUUUUGGUUUUGGACUGCCCACGUCCCGCGCCUAUGCAGAAUACAUGGGGGGUUCACUCACAAUUCAGUCGCUGCAAGGCAUCGGGACGGACGUUUACCUGAGAUUCAGGCACAUCGACGGGAAGGAGGAGAGCUUCCGAAUUUAAAUCUCCACUCGUCACCUCUCCCAGACCAGGAAACCUUCCCAAUCUCGCCAGCACAGCAGCGUGAUCCAGUCCAGGUUUCACUAGCAGCUUGAUCAGCCCCCAGUGUGUCUAGCUAACAAGCUCAGG